AUGCAUGACCAACACAUCCCUUCCGGCCCUCUGACUCCUAGUGAGUUGAAUCUACAAGACCUCUCACUUCUGGACGUUCCGAAGCGGACAUCAUAUCCUGCGUUUCCGUCUCGGCCAGUGGUACAACGCAACCGUGCAAGUGUCUACGUUGUACAGUCAGUCGUAUUCGACGAAUACUUCUCUGAAAUUCUCCCCAACGAGGUCAUCAUUGCCUUUGAUAGAGGUAAGCAGGUCAUGAAAGUCGACAAGUACCUACUCUGCAACGAGUCUCGCUUCUUUGCAAAGAUGCUCGAUGGCCCAUUCAUUCACGCACACACGCGCUAUAUCCGUCUCCGCGAUGAUUUCCCCUAUGCCAUCGUAGCCGCGGUGCAAUUCAUCGAGACAGGCAUCUACAUUUUCGACCCCAACAUGCGCACUAAGCACCCACACAUCACUCUGCUCGAUCUCCACAUCCACGCCUACCUUGUUGGCAGCAAGUACGACAUGCCCAGGCUGUGCGACCAUGCUAUAGCAGAGUACAUCAACGUCGCGCAGAUGAUACUCAGCCUAGGCGUCACAUCCGACACCACAUGCCCAUCUGGACCCAACGAAUGCUCCCCCUCUGCUGUAACGGACCGCUUCCUCGACUCCCUCGUCCUCCUGUGGAAGAACACGCCUAACCGUUACGACCCCAUGCGUGAAGCUGUCCUCGAGCUCAUCAAACCGGCACUCAACAUGUUGUUGAAGCUGCGCUUCUUCGUGACGUUGAUGAUGGAGCUGGUGCCUUUCGGAGAUGACAUUAUGCAUAGUCUCGCCGAGGAUGGAUUGGAUGUCAAGGCUUUCCCUUUGCCGGCGGGUGUGGGUAGGAUGUGGGUGGUGAGGUUUGGUGAAUUGUGA